AUGAACGUGCGUGGCUUUGCCAACUUUGCCGCCGACGACGAGGAAGAGUUCGACUACAACGGCUUUGACUUUGGCGACGACGAAGACGAAGACGACAAGAUCAAGUACCCUGCCCAGAAGGCCUUUGUCGGCCAGGUCGCGCCCUCGUUCACGGCGCCGGCGGUCAUCCGCGGCGACAUUGACGAGCUCUCGCUCGAGAGCUACCGCGGCAAGUACGUCGUGCUCUUCUUUUACCCCAAGGACUUUACGUACGUGUGCCCGACCGAAAUCAUCGCGUUCAACGACCGCGCCGCCGAGUUUGAGGCGCUCGACACGCAGCUCAUCUGCGCGUCGAUCGACUCGCCCGAAGUGCACUUGGCGUGGACGCGCUUGCCGCGCAACGUCGGCGGCCUCGGCAAGAUGAAGAUCCCGAUGGUGUCGGAUUUGACCAAGUCGAUCGCGGCCAAGUACGGCUGCCUCAAGGAAGACGAUGGCAUUGCGUUCCGCGGCCUGUACGUCAUUGACCGUGAAGGUGUCGUCCAGAACAUCACGAUCAACAACCUCCCGGUCGGUCGCUCGGUCGACGAAGUCCUUCGCCUUGUGUGCCCGGCCAACUGGCAGCCCGGCCAGGCCACGAUCCAGGCCAACCCCAACGACGCGCAAAAGUUCUUCAAGAACGUCAAGUAA